ACACCUUCCCUGGAGGUUACAUUUUAUGGGGAAGAGGCCCAAGGUUAUGGGGGGCCAAGAAAGGAAUUCCUUCAACUGAUGCUACAUAACAUCAUCAAGGAGGAGAAGAGACUUUUCACCAAAAAGAGUAUGCUAUCUGUAUCUUUUUUCUUUCAGUUGAUGACAUCGAAACUUUGUACGAGGUACCUGUUACAACAAACUGCAAAAUUGGAUCUGACUUUGAGGAAACUUCGACAUAUUCUGAAGCCCCAAUUUUCAGGUCAUGGGUCAAACACGCGAUCAAAAGAAGAAAUGAUCUAUGAAGAAUUCCUCAAAUAUUUGAAAGAAGUGACAGGUAAUUAUUCGCGGAGGAACUCUGUAUGUAAUUGA